AUGAAGACAUCACAUAGAUGCAAUACUUCAUGUAACAUGCAUAUGUCAGAAUCGCCAAACCGCAGUUGCCCAUGUCCACACCAGCACUUCCGAGCACCAUUGAUUGAUAGAAGCCAGCUCAAGCAAAAGGAACACAUAGCACUUCUUGCAACACCAAGAGGAUAUCGAUGGAAUGGAGGAUUCCCACCAAACUACACUGGCCCAAAACCUUUUUCACUCUUAAUGCCAACGAGAAAAAAAUAUCAGGACGAUCAGAAAAUACUUGAGGAAGCCGAACAAAGGUACAUGCACCAGUUUGUAUCGCAGAUAUUUCCUCUGAUGUCGCCAGAAAUGAUAAAUCGUUUAAAAAGAAUGCUAGUUGUGGAAUUCGGUAUGACACCCAAGAAAGCAGGUGCUUUUAUUAGUAAACAAAGCAACGCAGAUUUUCCUACUAAAUCAAAAUUAGUGAAAGGAAUCGAUAAGAACGCUAAAUCAUUUUUGUUGAAGGAAUUUGAGCGACUACUUACAGCUAAAAUAACUGAUUACAUUGUUUCCAUGAUGGGUUCACGACGGUCAGAGGAAACAGAAAAAAUAGCAGAGUCCUUGCUAUCUCAUAUCUGUGAUAUCACUGGUGAAAAAUGUUAUUUAGAUGAUCCACAGAACGAUAUGCAGAGAUUACAAGUGUUUUUGGCCGAGAGAUUUGCAGUUUGGUUGGCGAGUUUAAUGGGAAAUGCUAAUAAAGUAAUGUGUAAAGAAUUCAGGAAAUCUUCCAUAGCACAAGAGAAAUUCAUUGAAGAUAAGAGGCAGAAAGAUAAAGAACUCAAAGAAAAAAAGAGGGAAGAAGAAGAUCGUAAAAGAGACCUUGAAAUUCAAAGAAUUAAAGAAGAAAAAGAACGCCAAGAGGAACUCGAAAAACAGAGGCUUAAAGAGGAAGAAGAACAUCAAAAGGAACUUGAAAAACAGAAGCUCAAAGAGGAAGAAGAACAUCAAAAGGAACUUGAAAAACAAAAGCUCAAAGAGGAAGAGGAACACCAAAAGGAACUUGAAAAGCAAAAGCUUAAAGAGGAAGAAGAAAGCCAAAAGGAAGUUGAAGAGCAAAAGCUUCGAGAUGAAGAAGAAAGCCAAAAGGAACUUGAAGAGCAAAAGCUUAAAGAGGAAGCAGAACAUCAAAAGGAAAUUGAAAAAGAAAAACUAAAAGAGGAAGAGGAACGUCAAAAGAAGAUCGAAGAAGAAAAGAGAGAAGAAGACGAAAAGAAAGAAGAAGGUAAGCUCGAAGGCGAAGAGGUGAGUGAAUCUGCAGAACAUGAGAAAGAGGAAGAAGAAAAACCGGCUGUUGAUGAAGAAAUGAAAGACGAAGAAGAGAAGAAAGACGGUGAAGAAGAAGAAGUCGGCGAGGAGGAAACUUUAGCAGAAGAUGAGAUUAAAGUAGGAGAAGAGGAGGAAGUUGAAGAAGAGGAAAGAGCUGAUGAGGAGGAAAAAGUUGAGGAUGUUAUGAAAAUUGUAGAAGAAGAAAAAGGUAGUGAGGAAGAAAAAGGUGAGGAUUAUAUAAAAGCUGCAGAAGAAGAAGAAAUAGAGGAAGAAGAAAAAAUCGCUAAAGGUGAGCAAUCAAGCGAAGAGCAAAUCAGUGGUGGAGGAGCUAUAGGAGAAUUGUCUCUUGAACAACUUGAGGAAGAAGGAGAAGAAGAAAAGGUACUUUCUGAUUUAGAUGCAUUUGAAGAAACAGAAGCAGAUAUUUCAGAUCAUGAAGACUUAGAAGCUGAAAAGGAAACCGAAGUGUCGCAAGUAGAACCGUUGAGCGUAGUUGAAGAAUGGAUAGAAGAAACUACGCCUGUGGAAUCUGAUAAACAAGAGGGCAUAAGUGAAUUAAUGGUGAAGGAGCUUAAACAGUCUAUGGGAGAUGUUACGCCAGAAGAGGAGGAGGCAAUAAAAGAGGUUGCCAAAAAAGCAUCAACCUUAAUCGACCAGCUCACAGAGGAAGCAAAAGAGCAACUCGAGGAAAUAGAGAUACUUCCUUCCCCACCUUUAGCAUUUCCUAAAAAGGGUCAUACUACUUAUUUCAUUAAAAAAGACGCAGAAGGUUGUUUUUACAAGGUACAACAAAUUGAACAAAAAAAAGUUUGUGAUAUGACGAAAGUUGCUCGCGCAAGGAGAGUCGGUCUUCUACCAGAGUCGAUCUGCAAACGUCCAAGAAAUGAAAAACCUAUAAAAAACUAUACUGAACUAAAAGAUUGGGCCAAAUGGGCUGCAGAUGUCGUUAAUUUUGCUGAAAAAUGGUCAUCAUGGAUCAGCAACACUAGCGAGGAAGCCAAGAAGAUAAUUGAUAACUCAGAGUAUAAAGCUAAAUGGGAUAAAUUUAAGGACAAGGCUGAAAUGCAUGCAAUGGAAUUGAUAAGGAACAAGAAAUAUGUUAAACAAACAUGCAAGGCUUGGAAGGAAAAGUUAUCUAAAGUUAACUAA